AAAGAUUAGUGAAAAAUGAACUUCCGCGUGUGCCUCGCUUCACUUCCUUUUUACUUCCGGAGGCGCACGCUUGAGCCGAACUGUAGUUUUGCACAAUGAAGAUCGUUACCUGGAACAUAAACGGCAUAAGGACUUUCAGAGGCGGCAUCAAACAGGCUCUUGAUUCACUAGACGCAGAUAUUAUCUGCGUUCAGGAGACAAAAGUGACGAGAGACCUGCUUGACGAAAGAACGGCCAUUGUUGACGGCUACAACUCCUAUUUCAGCUACAGUCGAGGACGCAGCGGUUAUUCAGGGGUUGCCACUUACUGUAAGGACAGUGCCACUCCUUUUGCUGCUGAGGAGGGUCUCUCGGGUCUGCUGACCAACCACGAAGGGGCUGUUGGAUGCUACGGUGACCACGCUGAGUUUUCAAAUGAGGAGCUGCAGCUUUUGGACAAUGAAGGACGAGCCAUCAUCACACAGCACAGGAUCAUGUGUCAGGACAAAGUGCAAACUGUUACUGUAAUCAAUGUAUACUGUCCGCGGGCUGACCCUGAGAAGCCAGAGCGAAAACAGUUCAAACUGCACUUCUACAAGCUGCUUCAAGGUCGGGCUGAGGCUAUUCUGAAAGAUGGCAGCCAUGUGAUUGUUCUAGGAGAUGUAAAUACAUCUCACCGGCAAAUAGACCACUGUGACCCCAGUGAUAAUGAUGAUUUUGGGGAAAACCCUGGGAGGAAGUGGCUGAAUAGCUUUUUGCACAGUGGCAAACCAGAAGAGGACAGAGACGAGGAGGAGCCUGAUGGAGAAUCCGUCCACGGUGGUAAAUUUGUGGACACCUUUCGCUAUUUCCACCCAACUCGAACAAAUGCCUUCACAUGCUGGUCCACUCUCACUGGAGCGCGACAGACCAACUAUGGCACACGCAUUGACUAUAUAUUCGCCGACUGCCAGCUCGCUGAGGAGCAGUUUGUGGCAGCAGACAUCAUGCCAGAGGUGGAGGGGUCAGACCAUUGCCCUGUAUGGGGGCAACUGAGCUGCCCUCUCCUGCCCAGCUCCAAGCCUCCUCCCCUCUGCACUCGCUACCUGCCAGAGUUUGCUGGCAAGCAGCAGAAACUCUCCCGCUUCCUUGUUAAGGUGGACCAAAAAUCACUUCAGUCAGAGCAGAGGGAUGCAUUACCUGGAUCUCAAGAGGAAGAAGAAAGGAGGGAGAAUGUAAACCCAUGUGGAGCUGGAAACAUCUCUGGUAAAAAACGGGUAUUAACAUCAGACUCUGUUGCCCCAAAAGGGAAAAAGACAAAGACAGUAAAGACUUCUUCAAAGCCACAAGGCAGUCUCCUUUCCUUUUUCAAACCUAAACUCACAAAUGUUGUUCCCCCUACUGAAGCCCCUGUCAGACAGUGUGAAAAAACACUCCACCUUGAUGAAAUGACGCCAACACAAAACUCCCCAAAAGCAUCCACAACUACAGAAAAUGGUAGAGUACUUGAGGACACAGAGUCAGUCUUUGAUGGUUGCCCACAGACGUGUGCCAGCAGCACCGUAGAGAAACCUGACAAACAUACAGUGACAAAACUGCCACAGUCAAUCCCACAGCCUACUGUACGACACCCAAAUGCCAACAAAGGGGCAUCGCUGGUGUUUUGGAAGUCAGUGCUUCAUGGACCACCUCCACCACCUUCAUGUAAGGUCCAUGGAGAACCCUGUGUGCUUCGUACUGUAAAAAAGGAGGGGCCAAACAUGGGCAAACAGUUCUUUGUGUGUGCCCGUCCUCAGGGACAUGCCUCUAACCCAGAGGCUCGGUGUAAUUUCUUUGCAUGGGUUGACAAGGGGAAGUGACAUGGUCACUGCAUGGACCCACGCAUUGUUUUUUUCCUGACUCAUGAGUAAAACCUCUAGUUCAAACAAUUACUGUAAGAUUACUACACAGAUGUCUCAACAGUUCACAUUUUAAUUGUUGACUAUGUGUUUUUUCUUAGCUAAAUAAUAAAAGCAAAUAGUUU